GUCACUACUACCAAUUCAACAAGCCUCACCUUUCAAGACCACUGGAAGAUUAGGGGAAAAUUCAGUGACAACACCGCCCAGGAAACAUAUUUCCAAAAGUUUAAAUUGAAGGACCAGCCAAGCAUGAUGAACAACACCACAUCUUCCCAAAACAGAGCAACAAGCCCUCUGACAAGCGUCCAAGCCGUUCUCUGGGGGACUUCGUACGGUGUCGUUGCCAUUUUGAUCAUUUUGUCGAAUAGUGUCUCCAUUGCUGCCUUUGUAAAAGCAAAACCUCGUCGCAAGCAUACUCAUUACUUCCUCAUCAACUUGUCCAUUGCUGACUUCAUAGUCGGAGCUUUAUCAGUGCCUUUAUUCAUCUCCUAUCUUGUGGAUCCACAAAUGUGGAUUCGCAGCCUUACCAUGCCUAUGGUUCAUUCUACAGUGGAUAUUCUCUCAGGACUAACGUCCGUCUUCACACUGGGCAUUGUGUCUGUAGAAAGACUAUUGGCUGUAUCCAUCCCUUUCAAGUAUCGUUUGAUUCCCAGGAAUGCUUACUUCUGCUGUAUUGCAGCCACUUGGAGCCUCUCUGGAAGUGUUGCAGCCAUAAGCAUCGCGUUUUACUUGCGAAUUGUGAAAGAGGCUUUCUACAUCGUAGUGAUUCUUUCCCUGUCGAUGUCCCUGUCUGUCGCCUGUUUUGCUUACACAGGCAUCAUCUUUAAAAUCAAUCAGAAAAACAACAGCGCAAAGAACGCAAAGGAUUUAACAGUGGAGCGCAGACUUAGCAUGACCUUGUUCUUCAUCACUGCCAUUUUCGUCGUGUCGUGGCUUCCAUUCCAGCUUGUCUUCAUUUUGGUCCACUUUUGUAAGACGUGCAAAUUUUCCGUGAACACUGUGUUUUUAAUUAAGCUAUUGCAUUACAGCAACUCGUUUAUGAACACAGCAGUGUAUAGUUUCAGGAUACCGGAAUUUAAAGAAGCCUUAAGAGAGAUUUUUAGUCGGUCUCCGUCCCGCAGCCGAGGUAGUCAUGUACACUUAAAAGAAGUUACUUACGACAGCACUACGUCUGUAACUCGGUUGACCUUGCAUAGCCCGCUGAUUAAUUCGAAUAGAGACUCGUCGUCUUCAUUAAGAAAGACUGUAAAACCAUGAAGAGGGAUAAGAGAUGAACCACACAAAGAUAACCUACAAAAGCAUUCAAGAAUUAGCUUUGGAAUUGCCGCCUUGAAGACAACUGAACUAAUCCAACCUUGGACAAAAUAUCAAAAUGUAAAGUAAUUUUUCUGUAGACAUCAGGAAUUUAUUUGUUCACAUUUUACCUAAUUAAGAGUAAAAACA